CUUAAAAGCCUCACUAACCCGCCCCGCCCACUGGCCCGGAAGCGGGAAAUUGAAGCGCAGGCGGCGGGUCGUUGGGGCGGCUGAGGGGUUGAACUACUAUCUGCCUUGAGAUGGAGGAAGCAGCGUGUGAUAAACUGACAUCUUUAUGCCAUACACCAAAGGCUUCUGGGACAGCAGCUCCACAGAGGACUAGUUCAGGAAAACAGCCAAUGAGUGCAACUCUAAAGGAACGAUUAAGGAAAACAAGACGUUCGUUUAAUGCUAAUUUAUCAGCGGCAAAGCAGCUCAAGGUAGACACUGAAGAAAAAGACUGUGCAGAUGUUGACAGUCAGUGUCCGCCAAAGAUAAACAUGGAUUGUUCCACAUCACAAGAUAGUUCUGGAUGCCUGGAAAGAAACUGCACUGGAAAUACUUAUUUCAGAAAUCCAUUACAGGAAAACAAUCUCUGUGAAUCAGCAGAGAAUGUGGUAGGGGUUGAUCUUAGUCAGCAGCAGUCCAUAGAAGAAAAAGUAAGGCUGAUGAAACAAGUGCAAGAGAAGGAAGAACUACUUCGAAGGCUCAAACUGGUCAAGAUGUACCGAUCUAAGAACAACCUGUCUGACCUGCAGGCUCUGAUAGUGAAGUGGAGAAGCAGUACCCAGCUGAUGCUGUAUGAGCUGCAGUCGGCCUUUUCUGCAGAUGGCAAGAAAGUGAGUCUCAGUCAGCUGAUAGAUACUUUUGGAUUGGAAGAUCACUUAUUGCACUACAGCAGAACAGAAGAAGAUUUCGUAGACACAUAAUCUACUGGUGCAAAGCUUUCAGUUACACGCGUGCAUAAACAAAAAAGACUGAAUGAACUGAUAAACUAACAAGUGUUGAUCAGACAAUGAACUUUGUUUUGGUAAGGGGUUUUCUCAUGGUAAAACUUGGUAUUUAGAUAUGGUAGGCACUGUAAAAACCAUUACUUUAUAGUAAAAACUGAACUUAUGCAGAUGGUUCUGGAAAACUGGCUAGAGAGGCAGGUCAGUGAAUUACUUAAAGUGAAAUGAAAUCAAGUAAUACUUUAACAGGUAGAAGGCAGACAGUUGUUUGAUUAGUCUUUGUGGUUUUAAGGCAGAGUGUAAGUUCAAAUCAGUUUUCAUUUCUGUUGAUGGUCAUAUGGGGAGAGGGUUCAGUUCUUUGUUUGUCUUCCACAUUUGUUCCUGCUGCCUGUCAGUUAAUGACAGCAUUUUGCAAGUCAGGUAAAGAUAACUUAAUUUUCAUGUUAAUAUUCUGGAACUGCAAUUAGAUGUUCUUAAUGGCUUUAAUAAUUGCUAAAGGAAAUAUGCCAUAAUGGCACUGAUCCUUGUCCAGACAGUCAUUUCUAGGGGAACUCCCACAGCUUUUGGUAAUGGAAAGGAGAGCAAGAAAAUUGCAACUGCUGUCUGUCUACUGUACUAACUCAUUUAAGAGCUGAGACAUUCUCUCUGAGGUUCUUCAAUUACAGCAUCAUUUACCUUUCUGCAGUAACACUAAAUAAAACUUCAGCAUUUCAUUUAUUCUCCAAUAAACGUUGUCUUUUCAAAA